CUUUUCUUGAUUCUCCUUAACUUAUAUUCUUUGACUGUCAGUCUGAGACUGAUAUCUUGUGGACAUUUUAUGAUCUGUGACUUUACAGACUUGCAGACAUAUGCACAUCACUUAAACAAAGAACCAGGAAACUGGAAUCACAUGAGUUCAGGGAAACAGAAACUGAAGUGUAGUUGAGCUGUUGUGUGUUUGUGUCUCUGUAUUCACGCAGUAAAAUGGCAGAGGCCAGAAUUUCUCAGGAUGAGUUCAUGUGUUCGGUGUGUCUGGAUUUUCUGAAGGAUCCAGUGACCAUCCACUGUGGACACAGUUACUGUAAGAGCUGUAUUAAUGGAUACUGGGAUCAGGAGGAUCAGAAGAGAGUCUACAGCUGUCCUCAGUGCAGACAGACCUUCAGUCCAAGACCUGAUUUAGCUAAAAACACCAUUCUGGAUGAAAUGGUGGAGAAACUGAAGAAGAUUAAACUUCCUGCUGACUGUUACGCUGGAGCUGGAGAUGUGCAGUGUGACGUCUGUACUGGAAGAAAACACAAAGCCGUCAAGUCCUGUCUGGUGUGUCUGGAGUCUUACUGUCAAACUCAUUUUGACUGUCAUGAGGAAUUUCACUCACGUAAGCCACAUAAAGUGACUGAAGCCACUGGAGAACUGCAGGAGAUGAUCUGCCCGAAACAUGACAAGAUCCUUGAGGUUUUCUGCCGCACUGAUCAGGAGUAUAUAUGUGUGCUAUGUAUGGGUGAACAUAAAAACCACAACACUGUAUCAGCUGCAGCACAGAGGACAGAGAAACAGAGUUUCCAGUCUCUCUCAGCUCCUCCUGAAUCUACAGACGUAAAUGACAAUCUCAAGGAGCUGAAGAAGAUCUCUGACAGAGUCACUUUCACCAACAUUGUUCCCAGAACCAGGAACGACUUCCUACAAUAUUCCCAUCACUUCACUCUGGAUCCAAACACAGUGAAUAAAGAGCUCCGUCUGUCUGAGAGGAACAGAGUGAUUACUAACACUGUCACAGAUCAGCCGUAUCAUUAUCAUCCAGACAGAUUUGAUUAUUGUGAGCAGGUGUUGUGUAGAGAGAGUGUGUGUGGACGCUGUUACUGGGAGAUUGAGUGGAGUGGACUUGUUGCUGUGUUUAUAGCAGUGUCAUAUAAGAGCAUCAGCAGGAAGGGACGGGGUAAAGAGUGUUGGUUUGGACGUAAUGAUCAGUCCUGGAGUUUGAUCUGCACUUCCUACAGUAACUUAUUCUAUCACAAUGACAUAGAGACUAAACUCCCUGUAAAGUCCAUCAUCAGGAGAAUAGGAGUGUAUGUGGAUCACAGUGCAGGAACUCUGUCCUUCUAUUGCGUCUCUGGAGACACAAUGAGCCUCAUCCACACAGUCCAGACCACAUUCACUAAACCUCUCUAUCCUGGGUUUAAGGUAUAUAUAGGAUCAUCACUGAAACUGCUGAAAAAUGAUUGAUUGAUUCUACCCAUAAUACUUUUAUUCAUUAUUAUUGUGAACAAACCAGUUCCUAAAUUCCUAAAUUCUCUAACCUCCUUUUUAAUGAUGUUUUAUUAACAAAAUUCGGGAGGAGCAGGUGCAGAUAAUUAGACUAAUUAUCACAGGUGGAAAGCAUUCAGCUAAUCAACCAACGGAGGUAUAUAUACUGCAGACUUACCUCCGUGCGAUUGACAGUUUAUCAGCAUCCCUCCACCACCCCAUCUCCUCACUUCUAAAUUCUAUCUCUCAUAACCACAUCCAGGGGGAGUACCACUCCCUAGCUCAGGGAAUACAAGAAGCGCAUGUUAGGUGGAGUGUAAUAGUAAGCAUUGUUAUGUAGCAACAACAGAAAUGUUCUCUGUAGCCUGUCUUUAAACCGCAUCAGUUAUGUACAUUUUAUUUGUGCAAACCUGCAUGACUUAAGUAGUGAGAAACUUGUAUGCUUGCUCUCUAUGAAGUCCAUUAUAUCAGGGUUUGGUAUUGCUGUAAUCUCAUAUCAGUGACAUCUUGAAAAAAAAGAAUAAAAAUAUGUGCACAUGUCACAAAUCAGGCUACUGUGGUCCUUCCUGCUCACCACCAGAGGGCUCCCUCACUGGAAUAUUGACUCCAUUUCCCAUAAUUCCGUACCUGGUACUGAUUACAUGCACACCUGAAGCUCAUUCCCUGAACUAUUUAUACAGCCCUGUUUCUUUCACCCUUUGCGAAGUCUUGAUUUUGCCCUGCUGACAAUUCUCAGCAUUUUCUCCUGUUUCUUGAUUGCCGUGUAUUUGACCCUGGAUUGUUUCCCUUGUUACGACUCUUUGGUGCCUGCCAUUGUUAUUUUGCUGCGUUUCCCUGAAUAUACUUUGUACUAUCUGCUACUAUCAUUCCCUUCACUUAAUAACGUUCUGCAGCGAUUUUGUGAAGUGUUUAAACACCCAGAAGGUGGCAGAAAUGCUGGUAAUAAGUUAUUAGCUCUCUGGCAGGAAACGCACACAGUAGCUGAGUUUGCUCUCUCUUUUCGGACACUGGCAGCUCAAACGGUAUGGGUAGAGUAUACGUUAUAAGUUGUUAAGGAAAAGAACGGAAUCUGGAGCUCCAAUCUGAACUCGCUUGUCGCAAUAAAGGGAAAACUCAAUUAAUCAAUUAAUCGAUCUAGCCAUUAACAUUGAUAACCUGAUCUGAUCAUG